AUGCCUCCCAGAUUACCAUUUUUCUCAGCCGUCAAGGCUCCGAGUGCCUUCUUCCCCCAGAUCGCACGGCCCUUCUCAUCAACUCCCGCCGUUGCCAAGUCGUCUGACCCGAUAUCGAACCUUUUGAACCUCGACGAGAAGCCCAAGGUUCACUCGACCGACCGCAUCCGUGGCCUCAUCAAAACAGGCAAAGCGCGCAUCGAUGGGGUGGCGGCCGCCCGCAAGCUCACCAUGCUCGAGUCCCUCCGCGAGAAGAAGGUCAGCGACGACUACGUCAAGCAGAUGCCGCGCCGCUGGAACGCCGGUGAAAUCUACGCGCCGCACGACCUGAGUCCUGUCGAGAUGGAGAAGUGGCGCAAGUCGAAGCGACCCAAUGUCGAUGUCGUCGACCUCCUGGGCCUGAACCCCCUGGACCACUACAGGAACUUCUCUAUUAUAUCCGAGUACAUGACCCCGUUUGGACAGAUUGAGCAUUCCAAGUUCACGGGACUGCGGCCCGUGAACCAGAGGAGGAUGGCGAAGGCCAUCAGGAGGGCGAUUGGCAUGGGUAUCCACCCUAGUGUGCACCAUCACCCCGAGCUGCUGAAGAAGAGAUUCCGUCUCAAUGCGUCGUGGAAAUAG